AGGCGCUCGCUGCGUGCUGAUGCUUCACUGACUAAUUCCAUUGUCCCCAGCGCAGUGAUUUUGUAUUCCCCUUUUGUAGAAGACGUUGAUGCAGCCCUAGCUUUUGUUUACUCAAAGUGUAAUCCUGCUGAUUGACUUACAUACACCAACGUUGUCCUUGUUGUAGCAGCUCGAGCACGUAGUUAUUUUCUCUUCAAAUGUAUAUGUAUUGACUGUUAGUUGUUUUUUUACCAUUUUUGAUCUUCAACGACAAGGUACGUCGCUAACCAACACUUGUAGUGAGCAUUGAUUGGCUUUGCCUUUGCAUACGUGUAUGGUUCCCGGGACGGAAGGCGGCCCCUCCUCAGGGGGCCCCAGUGAAGCAAUCAUGUCUACCGGAUUCGGAAGCCAUAGUUAUAACGCCCACAGCCACGGCCAACAGCUGCGUGGGCCUGGUGAGGAGCUCCCUCUCUUGAAAGACUGGACCCAGCAGAUGGAACAAGCCCGGGUAUGGCGCAUUCUGAAGGCAAAAAUGCUUACGCCCUGGCGCAGUCAGGGGUAUUGCCGGGCACUUUGUGCGUUUUACGUGUCUCUCAUUGCGUACCUAGUCACCGUCAGCUACGUCAUGUCCACUCGCUUGCAGCAGCAUCCGGUUCCCAGUCGCAAUUGGGGUUGCCACUACAUCCACCAACUACCCAGCGCUUUCCUGAGAAUAUUCCGUAAGGCUUGUUUCUUCAUGUUAUGAAAAGUUUCAUCGAACAGCAUCGCAAAUAAAAAUAUCCCUUUAUUUACUAGCUCGAGCUCAUUUCGUUGAUGUUCAAGAUUUUGAGAAACUGAUGUGCACCAACUGCAAUCGGAAUCACCGACUUUCUUGUGCGAGGGGAAUCGUUCCGGUGUUUUUUCUUUGUGAAGCCGCAGAAGAGGUAUAUUGAUGGCGAUAUCAUCUGGUCGUGAAGGAACUUCAUGAAAAUAAAAUUAAAAACUUUCUACAGUGGUUCCGAUUCCGCUGGCUUCCUUGUUGUUUGGAAUCGGUGUGCUGCGGUACCCGUUGACCACCUGGAUGAAUGCGCUGGUAUGUUUCUGCCACGCGUUCUGCGGACUCUGCAUUGCGUUCAUCUUCAUUGUGGACGAGCUACCCGGGUUCGAGGCGCCACUAGACUCCUAUGGCUUUCGUAGCUACACGCCCUUUCACUUCGUUCCUGCCACCGUUGGUUAUUGUUUCGUCGAGGCCGGUCGAGACAUCGCUUGUCUAGUUGCGAUCGCUGACGCCGUGGUAGUUACUAUGACCUACAAGCAGUGGCGGAAAAGCACGGUAUAUUAAAUGGCGACUCAGACUUUUUUGUGUCGCUGGUCGGAUUAUGUCUUUUAGAGUGAGAGAAUUACACCGGGUACAACUUCAACUUGUGGUUGUGUUCUUUUCUUUAUGUCGCUGCGGCUGCUGGUCACAAGAUCCAAAACCGAUGAUGAUCGGAGCGCGUCCGCGUGGCGCACCACCUUGAGCAGGUCGUGUGCACUCCUUCGGAUUGCAUUUCUGAGGGCGUGGCUUGUUCACAGGGAUCUGCAAACGUAAAGUGGCCGUCGCGGUCACCAAAAUCACUGCCUUUAGAUGUUCUCGCAACUUGAGCAUGAUGACGGUGAUGAAGCUGAAGAAUGAAAUGGACAAUACGAAUACAAAUAACCUGAAAUAGAAAUACAUUUAUUUCUAAUGUAUUUUUCCACCAGAACGGUACGCGCUGAGGCCCAGAAAUAUUCGUAGUAGCAUCGUGAUUUGGGUCAAACCUUGCGUAUAUACCCGGGCGUGGUGCCCUCGUGGAACAGCUUUUUUGACGCUGUGCAAAUAUAAGGACUUUAUUGGCCUACGCGCGCCAUACCAUGCGGGUUGGCUCUUCGGAGUCUUCUGGUUUUUGCUUUUGUCUUUUAGGCACGUCUUUCCGGGAUCCCGGGAUUUUCGGGAUCCCGGGAUUUCUCGCGAAACUGGUGAAAAAGUGGAAAAGUUGCGUUGUUUUGACAGCGAAUCACGAUGGUAGGCCCUCUUUUUCACGAGCUUUUUCACCGUGAAAAAAAUCGUGAAAAAGCGCACCAAUUGCGUCGCGAAUCGUGAUGCUACGGGCCUGUUUCCGGAGUUGGUUUUUCCUGGUUUUCCGCGAUAUUUCGCGAAAGCCGCGCAGCCAAAUCACGACGGCAGGGCCCUUUUUUCACGAUGUGUCUCACCGUGACACAAAUCGGAGAAAGCGUUGCGCAUCUAUCUCGAACCGCGAUGGUAUGCGCCGGCUUCCGGAGUUGGUUUGCGUGGUUUGUCGCGAUCGCCGCGUUUGUGAGUCUCGACGGGGCGAUCGCGACGGUGUGGCCCGUGUUUCACGGAGCGCCCCCCCUUGCGACGCUUCUCGCCAGGCUUGUGGGCGGUGUCGCGGGGACCCAAUCACGAACGUGACCGCGCACCGCGGCACAUGUGGGCAGUAUUUGUAUUAAUUUCCGUUGCGCGCCCGGGCGCGUGUCUAUUUUUCCCUUGCCGACCCCUGCCGGCGCCCGCGUGUCAGAAUCCGCACGCCCUACCAGCGCGCGGCCAGACGACAUACGGCUCCGACGGCUCGGCGCACUGCGUGCCCUGGCGCAUGUGGGCGCCAGCGCUUGGGGGCAAUAUUUCCCCGUGCGUGAUGAGGGCAGUAUUCCCCGCCACACUUCUUGGCUUUGCCUGUCGCGCGUUAUGUGUCUUCGGUUCUUGCUUGCGCAUUCGCCUCACGCUUCAUGUCUGCCUGGUUUGGUUGGUUGCUGGUUGUCAAUACGCCCGAACGACAACGAUGCACCAGAACGACAACGCGCGACCCCGCCGCGAGUUGUCGCUCUGGGGUAUUGAGAGCCAACCCGCAUUCACAGCCAACCCACAACCAGCACCGCCGCCGCGAACUCCCUCGGCACGCCCGCCCGCGUAUCGCGGCCGCGCUGGCUGCCGGGAAUGUGAUGGCGCGCGCGGGCAGCAUUUCGGCUGCCCCUCUCUUUCCCUUCGGCCCGCGCCGAAGCACUACGGCUGGGGACGCUUUGGGGCCCCUCGGCGCCGCGCGCGGGCGCCUCAGUGUGGUGGGCCUUGCUACCCGCCGCGCUGCCUUACGGCUCGGGCCCGCCCGGCCUACGGUUGCGGCCCCCCGGACGGGCGGACCACUUACAGAACAGCCACCACCGAGGGGCGCGGCCAGGCUGGCGCCCAACAGAAGCGGCGCAGUGGUUAGGUCCGUGGUGAGACCCGCGGGCGCAAUAGCUGUGCGCAACAGGAGCCGCGCAAUGGUUAGGUCCAUGCUGAGGCCCGCGGGCACAGUAGCUGCAGUUCCCCCCCCCUCCCAAACAAGAUGGCGGACCAGCGGGCCAUCCACAGCACUCCUCCCCCCAACCAGCAAUGCGGGCGGCCUGCAAGGCAGGCGCCUAGCACGUGGGCGGCCCCCUGCGUGCCCACGGCCAAAACAAAUCGGGCGGAGUAGACCAGCAAGGCAGCCGACUCUAAGCCCCAAAGGCUGGGGCUUCCCGCCUCUUUUCCCCAAAGCUGACUGAAACCAUCCAAACGCGCUGGACGGUGGGGCCUCCCAAGCUUGCCCCUUACAGGCAGGUAACUAAGAAGGUGGAGGCCCGUUCCGGACCUGAUAGGGCGGGAGUGGGGGCCCCCUGCGGGCGGGGGCGGCAGGGAGGCGGGGCUCCCUUGUGGGCAAGGAGGGCCGCGGGGGCCCCCCGCGGGAGGGCAGGAGACCGCUUUCGGCCGCCAGCCCGCUGGAGGCGGGGGGCCCCCUGCGCGCAGGCAAGGAGGCAGGGGCCCCCCUGCGCGUGGGCAGUGAAAGAAGGAGGCGGGGGCCCCCCUGCAGCCGCCGUACCCAGCGGCCGGGAGGGCGGGAGCCGGGGGGCCCCCCCUGCAGGCGCGAUGCCCAGCGGGCGAAAGGGUGGGAGGGGGGGCGGGUAAGGAGGCGGGGGCCCCCUGCGCGUGGGCAGUGAAAGAGGGAGGCGGGGGCCCCCCUGUAGGCGGGAUACCCAGCGGGCGGAAGGGCGGGACCCGGGGGCCGGGGCCCCCCGUGGGGAGGAUACCCAGCGGGCGAGAGGCGGGAGGGCGGGGGCCCCCUGUUUUCCCCGAGGGUAUGCUCGACGCAAAAAUAGCAACCUUCGCCGUGCCAUCGUGUUAAAAAGCCUGGGCCUCAGCACGUACCGGUCUCUUUUCCAAAUGCUUACUAAUACAUGCGCGGCACCAGGAUAAGAAAUCUAAAUGAGUUCAUUAAUUACUAUCUUCGAGCGGCUGGCGAGGGCGAGCUUGUGAGUCCAGGAAGAGAGAAGAUAAGGGUCGGCAGGUUAAUAGGUAUGCGAGGGCUGGGUCCCGCCUCAUCCUCAAUGCGUCGCUAUAAUGCAUCUCCUUUCCUAAUAAAAGCGGGCAAGCGCCCCGUCUCGGCUAAACGCCGCCCGAAUCGAUUGCGCGAUCGAAAUGCUCCCCGCCCUCCCGCCCUGGAGUGGUGUCAGGAACGCGCGUACUCGCUGGUAGGCUUUUGUUCCUACCCUCUUCCCCAUCGCUGUCAGACGAGUAUGCGCCCUACCGCCUUGACAGAGCGGCGUCGGCGCAAGACAUGUGAUACAAAUUCCCUUGAAGUCGAUAAAAUGCGCAUCUGAUUCAUCUGAACGAAGCAGAUUCGAUCGAUGUUGUUGAAAUAUCAAAACUUCAGGCGGACCAUGAAGAGGGGGAAGGCAUGAAAAUGGCCUCGACUUUGAUGAAAAACGGUUUUCCAAAGGAGAAGGCGACUCUGAGUGAGUAUAUGCAGAAGCAGGUCGCUCUUUACCAGAAACGGCAGUGGACCAUCCAGGCCUUUCACAAGCUGGUGCUGGUCAUGCAAGGCAUCGCAGUCAUGGCCGUAAUCGUCAUUCUCCGGGUUUUGUACGUUCUAUAUCUUCAUGGCGCCCACCAUUGGGUAUUUUUGGUCUUCGGUUUCAUUCCCCGGGAGGACGCACACUUCAGCUUUCAGGCGGACUUUCUGCGCGACAUUACAAACGGCCAUCUCUGUUAACGCAAUCUGGGGGAAAAUCUUCCAAGAACCUUCCGAAAUGUUUCCAGCGCCCCAACUUUUCAGGGCGUCAGUAGAUUGCAAACUGAAGGGCGCCCCAUUGCGCUUGCGGUGGGCUGGGCCGCAUCUAUAUCAGGGCGGUGAAUAAUCUGACGCACAGCAUUCCGCCGGGCUCAAUUUUUGAGCCGCAUGGCACGGCGAACCGCGCAAAGCGCCUGCCAUUGCCGGGCGCUGUCUUUUCUUCAGGCGCCGCACGCUAUCGGUUCGCCUGAUUGGUAUGCAGUGAGGCCAGGACCGUUCUAGUCUGGCGGCCUCUCUGCCAGGCACCAUGCAUGCCGGCCGGCAGUUUUCAAGCGGCGGCCGGAAAUGCAAAAUGCUUCCGCCCCUCGAGCGGCCGGGGCCUUAAAUGCAAACCGGCGCAGCAGCGUGCUAUCGAUUUCCAGCCGAUGAAAUGACGCAAGCAAGGGAGCCCGCCGGCAAAAGAGGCGCCCUCUGACGCGCCCAGCGCCUUGAUUUCUAGCGAUUCCGGCUGCCCCGAAAGGCGCGCCAGAAAAGUGGUAGCACGAAAACGGCAUCACCGGGUCCGCAUGGUGUUGGCUUGAUUUUGUCCCACGUUGGCUCGGGCCUCGCAAAAGACGCCACCAACCGGCCGCCGACCCCCUAGGCGCGUGGGCCGAUAGACCCAAGGGCAGGGGCCGCGUUCUUAUUGGCAAAAAACAAAAGAAGCGCGCCCCACCAAAAAGCUUAAGCGGGCCCGCAUGUUAAUUAUCCCAUUGGGCCGACCCCGGACGCCCACACACUCACAUGGAUGGCUUGCUCCGACGGAGGCCCAGGCGGGCCAUAGCAUGCGGCGAAGGCCUUCCGUUUCGAGCCCAAGUGGCAUGCUGCUUUCGGCCGUUAUUUCCAUCGGCCCCCGUGCCAUCGUGCAUAACAUUAGGCACGGUGGCAUGGUGGCCAUAAAAGUUGCGUCGCUUUUUGGCUUCAAGCCAGAAAAUAAUCGCCUGCGGCCUUACUUCCGCCUUUCCUGGGCGCGGCAUGUCUUGGUGAGGGGGGCGGCGCCCUUCUGGCCAUGCCAUCAGAGCAACGAACCAGAGGAAAGCGAGGCGGCGAACCCGCCUCCUGGGGGCCCUGGCAAGGUGGGCCCGCCGGCGGCAAGGCGCCGCGCGCAGCAGAUUGCGUGCCGGUUGCCGGGCGAAACGGCGCGGCGCCUUUGAAUAAGGAAAAAUAAUCACACGAGAGUGAUGUGCCCCGGAAUGGCCCCGAAAUCCUUCCGAAAUCCUUCCGAAAUGUUUCCAGCAAGUUGCAAAAAAGUGCCCGCCUUUUUCAAUGAAAAAAUGGCAAAAAAGUGACGAGCCCGAAACAGGCUUAGUGGAAGGAUUUGGGAAGGAUUUCGGAAGGAUCCCGGAAACAUUUGGCGCCUUACAAAUUCACUUUUCAAGAAAUUUUUUUUUUUGUGGUCUGCCACUUGCUCGGGACGGUCGAUCAUAGCACCGGCGGAAGGAUUUCGGAAGGAUUUCGGAAGGAUUUGGGAAGGAUUUCGGAAGGAUUUCCGGGACGUCCUGGACGGAGUCUCGGAAGGAUUUCGGAAGGAUUUCCGGGACCUUCCCGGAAGGCCUUCGGGAAGGCCUUUGAUUUCAGCGGGAUUCUUCGUCCGGUGGCACUCCCCAGGGCCCGAGAACCAGCUGGCGAGGUGCCGCAGGGGCCGCCCCGCACGCAGCUUGCCUAAGCCUGCCGGCCGAGUUCUCUAGGCUAGGUAGGGCCGCUGGUCGCUUGCGCGGCGGGCAGUUUCGGUGGCCCGGUAGCCCUUUGCGGGUUUUUUGUAUGUAGCGCGCCCAUGGACGUUCCGGUCUGGCGGGUUUUUUUGCGAGGUAUUUUGCAAAAUGCCCGGCAGGCUUCAAGCGGCCGGCAGUGUUUUUUCCGUCACAUAAAAAGCAUCCGCCCACUGUCUUAUCCAGCAGCCGGGGCGUUGAUAGCAACCAGCCAAGCCCAGUGGUAUUCGUAGUCUAUUGGUUGGCGCUUGAUAAAACGACGCGCGGGGGCUGGCAAAGGGGGUGCCCGUCCGAGGCGCCCACCGCCUUCCUUGGCUUCUGCCGAUUUUGGGCGCCCAUGCAUUUCGGGGCGCCAACAGAGCAGCAGCCCGGGAAAACACCGAGCCCGCAUCGCGGGGGCCCCAUUUCGGCCCGCGUUCGGGCCUCGCAAAUAAAGACGUCACCAGAGGCGGCCUUGCAGAGGCGGCCUGAAGGCCAGGCCUCACGCUUUCCCGAGCGAGGCGAAAGAGAAAAAAAAAGCGCGCCCAGCCAAAGAUCGGAAGCGGGCUCCUGUGUUAUGGGCACGAUUUCGGGCGCCCAGGGGGGGGCCUGCCCUGGUGGAGGCCCAGGCGGCGCCUCAGCUUGCAUCCGGGGCAAGGCUUCUCUUUUCGAAGACAAAUGCCUGGCAAUUUAUUUCGGGCCGUUAUUCACACCGGGCGCCGUAGCGCCGUGCGUAACAUUUGGCGUGGUGGCCAUACACGCUGCGUCGCUUGCUCGCUACGCUUCUUGGCUUCAAGUCAAGAAGACCGCUGUGGCCCCACUUCCCCCACCGAGGCGGCUACUGUUUUGCAGCUUUCUUUCGGUGUAGCGCGCCCAGGGAUCGAGGGGUAGGCCCCCGGAUGUUGUGGCGCUGGCUCAGCGUGGUGAAACGGGCGCAGAUCUUUCACAGCGCGAACGCGCGCCGCGCAUCAGCGCACUGGCUGGUCCUCGUUGCCGUGAGUUGCCUACCCCAGCAAGGCAAAAAAGUUAGGAGGCAACCCAGCUGCGCUCAGGGUCGAGAGGGCGCGGGCAUUGGUGGGGUGCUGGAACGAUUUGGGAAGAUUUUUGGAAGAAUUCCCGUGCGGGUGCGUUAUCAGGCGGUCCGUUUGUAACGACAUGAUUAUGACGCUCGCCCUGUUCUAUACCGUAUGUAUCAUGCCGCUUGCCUUGGUGUGAAAAAAAAAAACAUCCUCACGGUUUUUCUUGGAUUGCGUAGAUACUUGUGACAUACCCAUACGACAGGGCGGUCACGUAUCUACAUCCGUUACCUUGACAUGUCUAGCCAGCACCUCUUCUUCCUCUUGCCGUUGUGUAUCAAUACUUGGGAAGAUCGCGAUCUUUUGUACGUAUCUAUCAGUAUCUUCCUGAAUUGUGCCACUCCCAGUCUCUACUAUGUGGUAGGUGUUGAGUGUGAUAGCGUUCGAAGAACUACUACACGGGACCGGAUUUGCGGUAAUUUUCGGUAAAGCAAAAUAAAAGCGUCCUGCUCCUUUCACAGUCUUCGACCGAACUUAGGAAUAAAACUUCGUUUUUUUCUGGUUAGAUAUGAUAGAGAAGACAGCAGCACAACAGUAUAUUUCAUCUGCUCUGUACCUCCUCGAAUUGAAAAUUAAUUUGUAUUUAGUUUAACUAUAUAAUAUCAUCUACUCGAACUCGCCGCCCAUUCCUUUUCGUAUUAUUUCGGCAGCUGUAUAUGUACGUUUGCAAUGAAUUGCAUUCCGAGGAUGUGUUUUGAUUGUUUGCGUUUCACAUGGUUCUCUCUGCCGUGCAACAAGAGGAACGGACAGCAUUUUUAUCGUCAUGCUAGCUCAU